GCCUGUCGACGCGUCUGUUGUCCCGUUGUGUUCGCGUUCCCGUUCAAUCUUUGUCCUAAACUAUGAAACUAUCAAAAGUCGCAUUGAUUGGCCUGCUCUUCGUGGCUGCACGUACUCAAGCCCAAGACGACGCAGCUCCUGCGGCGGACGACUCCCCAGUUGUCUCCCAAUACGACGCUUCCAGCACCGAAGCCGACAUCACGACCGCCAUUCAAAACGGAAGCUCCGAUGGCCAAAUCAUUACCACCUUGGAAGAGCAAGGGCUCUCAGUACCUGAAGCUGAAGUUGCCCUUGCUGCUGCAAAGGACAACUAUCAAUCCAGCUCAUACGACAUUGCUACAACCACCCAAGAGAACGACGCUACAACCACUGAAGACGCCACCCAGGGUGAAGUUGCUGCGGCAGCUGCCGUGGACGCCGGGGCCACGGAGCAACAAGCGGCCUACAUUGCCGACGCCAUCGACAACGAAGGCGCCUCGGCUGCGUCCGCGUCCAUCGAUGCCGGAUUGACCAACUCGCAAGCGGUCGAAGUGAUCACGGAAGUGGUGACCGCGUCCGAAGACAUCCCCUCGCAAGGCGAAGUGGCUGCUGACGCCGCCGCGGACGUUGGUGCCACCGAUGCCCAAGUCGAAGAAAUCAAGGACGCCAUUGACAGCGGUGCGUCUGCGGCUUCGGCUGCGUUGGACGCCGGACUGUCGGACGCCCAAACGGCCGAAGUGGUCGACCAAGUGACGUCCGCCUCGGACGAAAUCGCUGACCCCGCCGACGUGGCCGCAGCGGCUGCCAUCGAAAGCGGCGCGUCUGCCGAACAAGUGGCGGACAUUGUGACUGCCGUGGAUGCUGGCGCGUCGCCUUCGGACGCUGCUGUGGAUGCGGGUUUGUCGCCUGCCGCCGCUGCUGCUGUGGAAACCCAAGUGGAAGACUCGGCCGAUAACCAUGCGCCUGCUGCCGACGUGGCUGCUGCGGCGGCCGCCGAUGCGGGUGCCUCGCCUGAACAAGUGGCGGAUGUCGCUGCGUCAGUGGAUGCCGGUGCCUCUCCUUCGGAUGCUGCGGCGGACGCUGGCUUGUCGUCGUCUGCGAUUUCCAAGGUUGAAGGAAUCAUUGCUGAAGCGGCUACUGCUGUUGUGUCAUACGACGUGAAUGGUAUUGAGCUUGCUGCGGAUCAUAACAUGCCGGACGUGUACGCUACGUUCACAACCGCCCCAACCCACAACGAGACUCCUGCCCCGAAGUCGACAUUUGGACGAAUCAUUGAUGCCAUCACAAGCUACUUGACGACAGCUCCUAGCAGCCCGAGCCUCCGUGCGCGACCUCAGUGUGCGACUUCGGCGUAGUUAGCUACGUUUAUAGCAAUAACGUAACGUAACCUGGACGUUUUAUUUGUAUUUUUCCCA